UCCGUGUGAGGUGCACGGUUCAGAGAUGGUGCCGCAGACGUGGAACGCAGUUGCUCUGCUGAUGACGGCAUUGGUGUUAGUCUCGGACGCCAUGAACUUAGCGGACGUGCCCUGCGGCGAGCAGCAGAUCCUGGCCGCCCGCCUGAAGAUCGUCGGAGGCAAGGCGGCCUACCACGGCGAGUACCCGUGGGCCGCCUCAGUGCAGUACAACAGGAAACACUUUUGUGGGGGCACCAUCAUCAACCGCCAGUACAUCAUCACCGCCAGUCACUGCCUGCAGGGUCGUGCCCGGCUGGAUCUCUCGGUGGUGGUGGGUGAGCACGACCUGACCCGGGCCGAGCACUCCCAGGAGAGGCACCGGGUGGCCAAAGUGAUCCGCCACGGCCAAUAUCGCUACCCCAGCUUCCAGAAAGACAUCGCGCUGCUCCGGCUGAGUGACAAGAUCACCUGGGACCAGUACAAGCAGCCGGUGUGCCUGCCCAGCGUCGGCUCGCCUCCCGUGCAGGGCGACCCAGCCACCGUGGCCGGCUGGGGAUGGCUCGACGAGUACUCCAAAGGUGGGCAGCAAGCGAAGGUGCUGCAGCGGGUUCACGUGCCCGUGGUGACGGCCACCACGUGCUCCAGCUGGUUCAGCGAGGCCGAAAGAGGCGUGACCGUCAGACGCGGCCAGCUGUGCGCCGGCUACAAGAGCGGCGGCAAGGACGGCUGUCAGGGCGACAGCGGCGGUCCCCUCGUGUCCCGGCGGAACGGUCACUACACACUGAUCGGCGUCGUAUCGGCCGGCAUCGGCUGCGCUCGCCCCAACCUGCCCGGCAUCUACACCGACGUGCACGAGUACCUCGACUGGAUCGUCGAGAACGCCAGCGGCAGCUAACCGAAGACGCUCCGGCCAGCGGCCGGGCGGUCUGCUGUCAGAGCGGCAGCACUGCCCGGCGUCGUGACGGCGAGUGUGGAGGCGCCGGCGCCCGCUCCGUCGUGUUUGUUGCUUUAAAAAUGGGCAAUUCUAUGACACCUGGCUAGUUCACCGCGACUGAAAACGCGACCUUCGACGGUCGCUCGUCAAGAUCUCACGCCCGUGUCCAUAACCGUCAUGUGACCGGGCUUUGCUUGUCAUCCAGAGCUCCCGGUACGCUCCCAUGUGUCGGUGCGGCCUUCGGCCGCUCAGCUGGGGAUGAGCAUGCCGCACCUCUCCGGUGUUCUCCGGACUGUCGACUGCAGUGGCAGCAGGGGCUACGUUGGCGUGCGGCGAUACACGUGGGCUAGCUGCCUCACCGCGGGCAUGCACAGGUUAUUCAG